AUGCUUGGGUGGGCAUUGAACAAGGCAACGGGGAACGCGUCUUCCAACGCGCCUCCGAUGCCUGGCCCAGACGAUACUUUUGUUGAGCAGCCAGAUACCCCGGCACCCGUCUUCGCAGCGCGAGCGUUCAAGCGCGCCCUCUUCGGCACGCCAGCCCCGACCAAGGAAGCUCCCUCCAAGCAAGAGCCCAAGGCAGACACAACGAAGCUCGAGAAGACCACGUCCAUGCCUGUACUUUCUGAAAGCAACAGAUUCGAGUCCCCUACAAAACCUCAGGGCAUCCUCCUCACACCCGGUACCGGAACGUCACGCAGGAAACGCGUUUCCUUCGGGCGUGACGUUACAGCCAACGCUGGCUUGCUAAACGACGGCGGUGACGGUGGCGCCCACGCACGGCCACGGACAAAGUUGCAAGAAGCCCUUGAGAGGUCGCGCAAGCGGAGAGAUGCCCGCUACUCGGUCGAGGACGAUGCGCGGAAGCUUGACUUUGACCCGGAUACGAAUGAUGACUACUGCUCUGACGAUGCGUGGGAGGAGGUUGACGAGCUCGACCGCGACACAGAUAUCACGGUUGACCUGAACGAGCCGCGGUCGCAGUCCGGUCGGUACUGGAAAGGAGAGUUCCAGAAGUACCACGAGGAGGCGCGGGCGGAAAUGGAGAAGCUUGUUAAGUACAAGCAGCUCGCCAAGUCGUACGCCAAGGCCAAGGACGCGGAGGCUCUCGACCUGAACGAACGUCUCAGGGAGGAGCAGGUAAAGGUCACUGAGAUGGAAAAAAAGCUCACGGAGCUGGCAGGCCAGAUAGGGGCCCAACCGGGCAAGGGUGGAGGCGCUCGAGACGACAGAAAGCUCGCAAAAGACCUGACCCGCCAGACAGCACUUGCUGCGCAGUAUAGGAACCAGGUCGACGAGCUGGAGGCUCUCCUGAAAGACUCUGGAUACGGAGCUGAUGAGAACGGCCGACGGCGUGAAGGCGCGUCAUCACGAACGGGCCGUGAACAAGGGAAAGAGCUAGGCGAGCUGCGACAGGCUUUGCAACAACUUAAAUCAGAUCUGAACGCAGUCGAGCAACGGGAAAAGCAACAUGAGGUUGAGAAGAAGGAGCUUGAGCGAAAGCUGAGCAGGAAGGACACUCAGUAUGACAAGCUCAAGCUUGACUAUGAUGCUCUGAAGGAUAAGAACAAGGCACUCAGAGACGAGAUUGCAGAGCUCAAACGAGGCCCGAGGGCAUCUAAGCUGGGUAACGCUGACCUCCUCAGGGAGGAUCUGCAGUCGUUGUCCGCAGGCCAGGGUGCACCGAGUCCCUGGACGACGAAGCUUGAGAACCUGCAGAGCCAGCUCGACAGUGAGCAAGAGGCACGCCGCCGUGAGAUGGAAGAUGCCAGUGUCACUAUCAACCAGCUGCGAUCAGAGUUCAAGAAGGCAUCAGAGCAGCUCAGAUCGCCCGUCCAACGGAAGUCGAGCGCCGAAUUACGGGCCAAGCCUACCACUAAGGCAGCUUCCAGGGUCGAUGAUGACACCUUCGAUCUGCUACAAAGCCGGCGUCUUGCGUCAACCAAGGGUUCCGAAACUCCUCUUGGCCGCUCCAUUACCCCACGCGGCAGCAAAAGAACGAUGUCUGGGAGGGUUGUCGACAAUGAGUCGUCUUUAAGAGAGCGGGCUACGCCACGUUCUGUACAGCUGGCGAGAAUGGCCAACAAGAAUCGACUGCGUCUUGCUACGGAGCGAGCCCUGGACAGCGAGUCUGAUCCUGAGCUCAAACCGGGCGGUAUGGCAUCGACUCGCGAUGCCCCUCUGAGGUCGGCAAUUUCUUCUGACAGACGAGCUGCUGCUAUUGCCAGGCUUGAGCAGAAGAGGGCUGAGAGGAGAAAGGCUCGCGAGAGGACGACAAUUAUAGGGAAGGAAAACAUGAGACCGUAG